UGUAAGCUGUUUAACAGUGAUGUUUGCUACAACGCUGUGAUGCAACUGAGCAUUUUUUCCCAUCUCCCGGCGGAAGUGGUCAGUGGAAGCGUUACUGGACUCCAACUGGUAGCGGGGCUAGGGCGUUGCUAGCGGCAGAAAGUGGGAUUUUUUUUUUCUCGCUACCUUUCCUCAAGUUAUAGUCUUCUACUAGCCGCGUCUUCCAUCGGAAAACGGCGCCUCGCGUUGCGUUCGCCAAAAGUUUCCGGGCCUCUCCCGAGGCUUUCGGUCGUUGUUUACAGGGGGGGGGGAGCGGUGAAUAGUUUGUGUCCCGUUAGCUGGCCGCGUAGCUAACCCGCUUUUCCAUCCACGGGAAUUCUGCCGAGAAACGACCGAAUUCUGGAAACAUGGAGUCAAGCGACGUAGCGCUGUGCUAACCGAGCUCCGCUGGAUUUUCUCUUUGCUCCCGGAGACUUUUCGACACGGAGACAUAUCACAAGUUAGUCUGGACUCGAGAGGGUGUCGUUACAUGUUAAUUUUUUUCCGUCGCGGCUCUGGCUGAUUGUGGUGAACGGGAGUUUGCACUCGAAACAAGAGCACACACGAAGCAAAGUUUUUUUUUCUUCUUCUUUCUUUUUUUUUCUUUUCUUUUUUUGGCUCAUCUGUUUUGUUUGCUGGUAGCAGGCGAGAUUUGACCCCACCAGUUUACCGUGAGAAAGGAUUCCCCCCACCCCCCCAAAAAAACAAACCAACCAACUGUAUUUCUUCUUUCAUAUGUAUAAAUAUGAUCAUCUUAAGCUUUGUUUCUUAAUCUCAACGUAUAGCCGCGGUUGUUUUGCUAACUUGUAACGCGGCUCGUUGGUACUCGGCUACCGGGCGAUUCUCAUGAUCACGGGAGAGUCGCUCCCGCAGCCACAGACAGGCGUUUCUGGGAACAGGGAGCACCAGAUGGGACUGCAGGAAUUUCCAGCAUCUUGAAAGAUCAUUUAGGCACCGAGGCCACUCGUAGCCGAUCGAGGGGUGGUGGCAGACGGACUGCGUCGCUGGGCCGAGGUUGUUUGGUUGCUGCGUUUGGAUUGUUUACACGUUUCCUACCGGCGGAAGCUGGGGAUGUGAAUGCAAAAAAAAAAAAAAAAAAAAAAAGAGUCUCGCAAGGAGUUCAUGCAUGCACGGCAACUUGUGCCAGCUGGAGCUGUUUUUUUUCUAUUUAUCAUUGCUGGCAAACAACAGCAACAAAAAGCUCUACACUGUAAGGUCCUGGCUGCUGUUUCAUUUCGUCAAGGAUUACCUGAAACAGGAUCAACCAGUCAGUGUUUUAUUCGAUUUUUUUUUAUUAUUCGAUAUAUAUUUUUUUCUUAUUUAAUUUUUGGACGUGUCUUGCAGCAACUUAACAGUUUUUUUUGUUUUUGUUUUUUAACCAAAGGGAGUUGAUUCUUAGCCCCGCUUAUAAAAAUUAAAAAUAAAAAUAAAAAAAUCCUUGCCUCCUCAAAGACGAAUGCCGGAGAAAGACGCUCCAGGAAGCCAGGUCACCAAGCUCUGGAAAAUGCUAAUGGGAUAUAAUUUGCUGCAAAUCUAGAACCGGAAGCCCAAUGAGUGACCCACAGUUCAGUUCCACUGACAGGUUUACCAAGAAAGCGAUAAGAACCAGCAGCAUUCUCAGUAAGGACCAUCCCCCAGACAAGAAACCCAAAAGUGACAAAGCUUCACUUCCCUCCAAUGAGUUUGACCCUACAGAAGCUCUGGUGGUGGAGAAGAGUGGCAACAACAGUGUGCUUGCAGAGGGAAAGCCUGAAUCCUGUGGUCUGGUCCAGCGAUGUGUGAUCAUUCAGAAAGAUGAAAAUGGCUUUGGGCUUACCGUCAGUGGUGACAACCCUGUGUUUGUGCAGCUGGUCAAAGAAGAUGGGGCUGCAAUGCGGGCAGGUGUUCAGACGGGAGACAGGAUCAUCAAGGUUAACGGGACCCUUGUCACACAUUCUAACCACACAGAAGUAGUGAAACUUAUCAAAUCGGGCUCCUACGUGGCGCUCACGGUUCUGGGGCGCCCUCCAGGGCUCGCUCAGAUUCCGUUGCCUGAAACAGAGCCUGACAUCUUGGGUGUUAGCAUAUCCUCUCCAAACUCUCCAGCAACAGAGCGCCCCUACAGUCCUCAGGACCACCUCUCCCCCUUCCAACCAUCUUGGGAAGAAAACGGCAGUGCCUGCAACCAGAGGUCUGAUGUUUUGCAAAAGAAGCUUUCAAAAGAACAGCAGGAUCUACAGGCAAUGAAAGAGGAGUACAGCAGGAACCGCUCCCCCAAACUACUGAAGGACAUCCAGGAAGCGAAAAAACACAUUCCUCACCUGCAGGGUCAGCUCUUAAAGUCCACUGAAACAGCACAGGAGGCUGAUUCAGGUGGCGAUGCAGACGACAGCAUCACGUAUGAAACGGAUCGCACACACACCCCUAAAGCAGACAAUAGCACAGAUCUAUCCUGGACCAGCACUCCCAUAUUUAGAGCAGCGACUCCAGAAAGCCAUUGUUCAAAAGAGCUCUCCUACCCCAGCCCAAAGAGCACACCCCGAAACAGCUUCAACUCCUGCCACUCCCCAGAGACGGAGGACACCACUGACCUGGACUCUCUGUCACCCUCCGCACUCAGUAGUCCCUCCUCUUCUCGCGUUAUCUCGCAAAUUAUUGGAGCUGAAGAUGACUAUUUUGGUCGAGACCAAGAGCAGACAAACGGCCAGUGUGACAGCUUUAACAGUAUUGAGCAGCUCAAGUCUCGCCCUGCUCACCUCGCAGCCUUCCUGCAUUAUGUCAUCUCUCAGUUUGAACCUGCUCCUGUGUUGUGCUACCUCUAUACCGAGCUCUACAAGCAGACCAACUCCAAAGAGACCCGACGGGUUUUCAUGGACCUCCACAAUUUUUUUAUGGACCGGGGAGCAAAUUUAAAGGUUCCUGUUCCUGAAUCUGUUUCCUCUGAUCUUGACCGGCGGCGGACGGAGCUGAUACCAGAGGAAAUAAAUAGGCAACAUGUUCAAACACUGCAGGACUCUCUGCUAGCUGACGUUGAGAAACACCUCGAGGACUUCAGACAGAAGCGCAAUAUGGGCCUAACGGUGGCUGAAGCUGAGUUGGCCAGACUGGACCAAGAGAGAGUCCGAGAUCGUGUCACGCUUGAGCGAGAACGUUCAUACGCUGAAAACAUCAUAUCUAAAAUAGAUGACAUUCUUUUAACUACUCAGAUGACAGAGGAAGACAAAUGCACCACAAUACAGUUUGUUAUUUAUACAUACAUGAAGCACCUCGGUGUGAGGGUUAAAGAGCCUCGAAAUCUGGAGUCCAAACGGGGUCUGAACCGUCUUUUCCCUAAGAUGAAGGUACCACGUGUGCUUCUGGCAUAUCAAACGUUCUCCCUCACCUUUGUCAAGCGUGUAACACUUUGUCUCCUCCUUUUCUUUAAGCAGAAAAGUAUUAAAACAGAUAAAGAAGUUGAUGACAGAUUAAAAAAGAAAUUUUUAAAUCUUGUACCUCAGCGUCGACCCUCGGCAGCAGGCAAAAACCUGGACAAUCGCCCCAGGCCUCAGAAACAGCUGUCUCAGCCAACGCUAGGAGUGGUUGAGCUCAUGGAUAACAGUCGUCUGAGGGGCAGCCAGUCCAGUGAGGGCCCCGAACUCACUCAUUCCUUGUCGGUCUCAUCUCCAAGUAACACCAUCUAUGGUGUGGAUGCAAACCGAGAUACUGACAUUGUUUCAGGUGGGACUCCAACAUCAGCCCCCUCCAGGCUGAGUGACGGUCUUCAGCCUGAUCCUCUGGAUGGAUUAGCAUUCCCUGAUUCAGCUGAGCUUUAUCCCAUGGAGAAGUUACAAGAAGAUGACAGAGAAAGUGACAGAGCUCAUGACGGGACACCAAAGGCGGUUAGAAGACUUGAGGCAUUGGGUAUUGGAGACGUCCAGAGCGAGGAUGAUCAGGGGACAGACUCUGAGCUCGAUCCCCACAACUGGCAGCAUCUGGUGGGACGAGAGGUCCUUGCAGGACUCAGGCCUCAAGAGAUUAAGAGACAAGAAGUUAUAAAUGAGUUGUUUUAUACAGAGCGUGCACAUGUAGGGAUGCUGAAAGUUCUGGAUGACGUUUUCUACCAGCGGCUUUCCAAAGACGCAAUCCUUCCUCCGGCUGACAUCAAGAACAUCUUCACCAACCUGGAAGAGGUCCUGCAGCUGCAUGUUUCAAUAUUUGAGCAAAUGGCAGCCAUACGGAAGAGAAAUGAUUCGUUGGUAAUAGAUCUAAGGGGGGACGACUUGCUCUCGUGGUUCAGUGGUGCCGAGGUGGAGAAGAUCAAGCAGGCAGUGGGGACAUUUUGCAGUAACCAGCCGUUUGCACUGGAAAUUAUCAAGACCAAGCAGAAGAAAGAUUCGAGGUUCACCUCAUUCAUUCAGGAGGCAGAGAGUAACAGACAGUGUCGAAGACUACAGCUAAAGGACAUGAUUCCUGUUGAGAUGCAGCGGCUCACCAAGUACCCCCUGUUGUUAGACAACAUUGUCAAAUACACAGACGAUCCAAUGGAGAAGCACAAAGUUAAGCAGGCAGCAGACUGCUGUAGAAAAAUCCUUAGUCACGUCAACCAGGCCUUAAAAGAGUCUGAGGACAAACAGAAAUUAGAGGACUACCAGAGAAGACUGGACCUCUCCUCUCUAAAGCAGACAGACAACCCAGUGAUCCUCGAGCUAAAGAACCUGGAUUUGACCAAGAAGACACUGAUUCAUGAGGGCUCUCUGUCAUGGAAAAUGAACAAGGACAAGACUAUUGAGCUGUACACGCUCCUCCUGGAGGACAUUCUUGUUCUGCUACAGAAACAAGACGAGCGUCUGAUCCUAAAAUGUCACAGCAAAAUCCUGGCAGGCACCCCAGAUACAAAACAUACCUUCAGCCCCAUCAUUAAACUCAACACUGUUCUGGUGCGCUCUGUGGCUACAGACAACAAGUCCUUCUUCGUUCUCUCCAUGUCUGACAACGUCGCACAGAUCUACGAGCUCAUGGCGCCCACAGUCUCAGAUCAGAAAACGUGGCAGACUCUGAUCUCCCAAAGAGCCGAUACCAUGAAGGUCAAACCACACAGCAUCAUCUCGUUACCUCAGACUGAUGGGGAGAGAGACGGCGUGGAGAUCAUUACUGCAGGUGUUUCCAGACUGAGCAGAGAACGAGACCGCACAUCCACUGGCAGCACGCAGUCCACAGAUAAAGAGAGUGGCCCGGCCUCUAGAAGAACCCUGCAAGGUUCUCUACCUGCUGGUAACCCAUUUGAGGAAGUGAAAGCAGACAUAGAGGAAGAGGAAGGUUUUCUGGACCCAGAGCUUUCGUGUGAAGUAUCUGAAGUUGACAGAGAAGGAGACUCGUUCGAUUUGUUCCCCUUAAGGGCAGACGAAGCACUAAAAACAUUGGCCGCAUUAAAGCAAGUCCUGGUGAACCAGCUGAUGUCCCAGGAGGCAGCACAACAAACCAAACGUUCCACGGGAGUCCGUCUCCUAAGAACCACCUCUUUGCGGACGCCGACAGACAACCGCGCAAAGGUGAUGGUUCACAACGGCUCCGAGAAGAGCAGCUCCAAGGCAGAGGACCUGACUCAGGACCUGGGUUCAGGGGACACUGGAUUCUUUGAUUCUCCUGAAGACUAUGGAUGUUUAGUCCUGGAGAGUUACGGAGGACAAGAGGAGAGCAGCACAGACGACGACAUCCUGGCAUCAACCCAAGGGAAACAGCUGAGGACCUCACAAGGCUGUGUGGCCGACUCCGGCAUCAAUUUGAGAUUUUCUUCAACGUCACAGUUCGGCAGCCUCUCCACUUUCAGCAGACAGGUGUUGUCUCACCUUAGACAUCUUCAGACCAGCCUCGGCUAUUUAAAGGAAGUUGAGACCAAGUACAAUAAUCUAAUACGCCAAAGGAUGGACAGGUCAUCCACAGACACAGAUGGAAACAAAGAUAAAAGAUAGUGUGGAUGUCAACGCCGCGGCUUUUGACUUUGGUACCAUGGAAGAAGUACCGACUCGCCGUCUGUUCUUUCUUCUCGAGUCCCGGACUUUCUGGACGUCGUAUAAGCUUGUCCUUUGACUGCUGAGCUCUUCUUUUUUUUUGUCCUUCACCCACAGCCUCCGCAGGGAAUAACAGACUUAAGCGUGAAGCAAAAGGUUUUGAAGGGAGAAUUCAUUGGUGUGGUGCCAUGCCAUCCCUUCUCAGCACAAGGCGAACAGGGAAGUGGGAUUGCCCCCCGAAAACCUCAACCCCUCUCUACCAUUGAACACCAAAUUUUUUCCCUCUAAACUCCCUGCAAGAGAGAGAACUUAUACCAAAAUGUACAAAGAUGUGUGUUUAGAAUAUAUAUAUAUGAAACACAAACAAGAAAAGGAAAAUUUUAAGAUAAUGUAUUAAGAUUUUUUUUAUUCCCAAGAUGUAUUUAUUUUCUUUCUUUUUUAUUUUAUUUUAUUUUUUUUUUUAAGUGUUUCCCAAAUUGUUUGCAUGCUUUUGGCCAUGGCGUUACCUUUUUAGCUGCUUAUCCUGGUCGGGUCACACG